GGGACUCUCAUUAGACCUACGAGCUUCAUGCAACACGGCCUCUGUGUUUUAUUGGGGAUUCGCGGUGAUGGUGAUAGCCGUGGUGGUGACAAGAGGAUGGCCACAAGGGGGCAACCAUGGCGGCGCCAGCUGCCGUUCCAGGGGAUUCUCUUCGUGAUCGACUGCCCGUUCUCGUUCCCUGGGGCGAUACCCCGUGCCAUUCCCACCGUUCCCGGUGCCCGUUCUCGGAGGCGAUGCCCGGUGCCGUUCCCGGGGGCGGGGGCAGGUAGCGGCAGGUGCGCGGAGGCCGGGCCGUUGGCGGGGGCGGGGCAGCAGCGCCGGUGCUCGCACCGGCCGAGCUGCCGCCGUUGCCACCGCCGUUGCCGCCGCCAUGGCCGGUACCGGAGCCCGGUGGAUGCCGCUGGCGCUGUGUCUGGCUGUCACCGUGUCACCGGGACGCACCGGAGAGCAGCUACAUGUCUGCAAGGAGUCCGAGUACCACUACGAGUACACAGCAUGUGACAGCUCAGGAUCACGCUGGAGGGUGGCUGUACCACACACGCCUGGACUCUGCACCGGCCUGCCUGACCCUGUUAGGGGCACUGAAUGCUCAUUCUCCUGCAAGGCGGGUGAGUUCCUGGAGAUGCAGACACAGACGUGCCGGCCCUGCGCUGCGGGCACCUACUCGCUGGGCACUGGUGUCCGCUUUGAUGAGUGGGAUGAGGUGCCCCAUGGCUUCGCCAACGUGGCCACCAACCUGGAGGUGGAUGACAGCUUUGGCGAUGCGGCAGAGAACUGCACAACGUCAACGUGGGUGCCGCUGGGGGAUUACGUGGCCUCCAACACAGAUGAGUGCACGGCCACCCUCAUGUAUGCUGUGAGCCUCAAGCAGUCGGGGACUGUCACCUUCGAGUACAUCUACCCUGACAGCAGCAUCGUCUUUGAAUUCUUUGUGCAGAACGACCAGUGCCAGCCCACGGUGGAGGAGUCCCGCUGGAUGCGGACUACAGAGAAGGGCUGGGAAUUCCACAGCGUGGAGCUGAGCCGUGGGAACAACGUGCUGUACUGGCGGACCACCGCCUUCUCCGUCUGGUCCAAGGUGCCUAAACCGGUGCUGGUGAGGAACAUCGGCAUUACAGGGGUGGCCUUCACUUCCGAGUGCUUCCCCUGCAAGCCCGGCACCUUUGCCCCCGCUGCCGGCUCAACCGCCUGCCAGCCCUGUCCCGCCGACACCUUCUCUGGCAAAGGGGCCACCGCCUGCCAGCCCUGCGACCCUGACACCUACUCCGAGCCCGGCUCGGGGUCCUGCAAGCCACGUCCACCCUGCACGGACAAGGAUUUCUUCUACACCCACACGGCCUGCGACGCUGGUGGAGAGACCCAGCUGAUGUACAAGUGGGCAGAGCCCAAGAUCUGCAGUGAGGAGCUGCCGCAGGCGGCCCGGCUGCCAUCCUCAGGGGUCAAGACUCGAUGCCCCCCCUGCAACCCUGGCUUCGCCAAAGGCAAUGGCAGCACCUGCCAGCCCUGUCCCUAUGGCUUCUAUUCCAAUGGCUCCGCCUGCCUCAGAUGCCCAGAGGGCACUGAGCCGGCUCUGGGCUUGGAGUACAAGUGGUGGAACGUGCUGCCCCCCAACAUGGAGACCACCGUGCUCAGCGGCAUCAACUUCGAGUACAAGGGCAUUGCAGGCUGGGAGGUAGCUGGGGACUACAUUUACACGGCAGCUGGAGCCUCUGACAGCGACUUCAUGAUCCUCACACUGGUGGUCCCUGGCUUCAGCCCUCCAAGCCCAGUGCUGGAGGACACAGAGAGCAGGGAGGUGGCCAGGAUCACCUUUGUUUUUGAGACGGUGUGCAGUGUUGGCUGUGAGCUCUACUUUAUGGUGGGUGUCAACUCACGCACCAACACUCCAGUGGAGACAUGGACAGGUUCCACAGGGAAACAAUCCUACACCUACCUGGUGGAGAAGAACGCGACCAUGAGCUUCACCUGGGCCUUCCAGCGCACCCCCUACCACGAGGCGGGCCGGCGGUUCACCAGUGAUGUGGCCAAGCUGUACAGCAUCAACGUCACCAAUGUGCAGGGGGGGGUGGCCUCCUUCUGCCGCCGCUGUGCCCCCCAGCCCACUGGGUCCUGUGCCCCAUGUUCCCCUGGCAGUGCUGUGGACCCCAACUCAGGCACCUGCCAGCCCUGCCCACCUGGCACCUACCUGCGGGGCCACCCCUCCGACGGAACACCCACCUGCCGCCCCUGUGGCCCUGGCACACGCAGCAACCAGCUGCGAUCGCUAUGCUACAACAACUGCAGCCUGGCACUGGCACUGCCAGGCCGGAUGCUGCACUUCGAGUUCCCAUCGCUGGGCCAAGGUGCUGGGGUGGGCACUGGGCCCAGCUUCACCCCCAAAGGGCUGCGCUACAGCCAUCACUUCCGCCUUAGCCUCUGUGGGCACCAGGGCAGGAAGAUGGCCUCAUGUGCUGACAAUGUGACGGCAGGUCGGGGGGGCCCUGCCCGUGUGGUCACCUCUUAUGUGUGCCAGGCCAUUCUGGUGCCCCCUGACAUCACUGGUGCCCGUGCAGCUGUGUCUUCGCAGCCUGUCAGCCUGGGUGACCACUUGCUGGGUGUCACCACCAGCUCCGUGCUGGACAGCAUCGUGUCUCCCCCAGAGCUCUUCCCCCCCAGCCAUCCUGACCUGCCUGACAUCAUCUUCUUCUUCAGGUCCAACGACAUGACACAGCCCUGCAGUGGUGGCCGGGCCACCACCAUCCGCCUACGCUGUGACCCCCUGCGCAUCGGCACUGGCACCCUGGCUGUCCCCAGCAAAUGCCCCGAGGGCACCUGCGACGGCUGCACCUUCCAUUUCCUGUGGGUGACGGCCGAGGGAUGUCCCCGCUGCUCCAGCUCCCACCACCGCCCCAUCGUCGGCGCCUGUAUCGGUGGCGUUCAGAAAACCACCUACGUGUGGCGGGAGCCCCGGCUGUGCCACGGCGGGGACGCCCUGCCGCCGCAGGUGAUCCAGGCGUGCCGGAGCGUGGAUUUUUGGCUAAAAGUGGGAAUUUCCACUGGGACGUGCGUGGCCAUCUUGCUGGCUGCGCUCGCCGCUUAUUUCUGGAAAAAGACUCAAAAGUUGGAAUACAAAUAUUCCAAGCUGGUGAUGGACGCGGCGGCCCGGGAGACCGACGCGACGUCGCCCGACAGCUGCGCCAUCAUGGAGGGGGAGGACGCGGAGGACGAGCUGCUCUUUGCCACCGAAAUGUCACUUUUUGGAAAACUUAAAGCCCUGACGGCCAAGCGGAUGCCGGAUGGAUUCGACUCAGUCCCGCUCAAGACCUCAUCCAGCAGCACCGAUCGGGAGCUGUAAGAGGACGGGGGGCACCCUCGCAUCCCCCAGCCCUCCCGGGAGCUGUGACGGGCCAGAGGGGCACCCACGGACACCCCAGCCCCGGGCAGCUGUGAAGGGAAGGGGGGGUACCCACGGCCCAUCCCCCCACGCCCCCCAACGUGGCCCCAAUCGUGGCCUUAGGGACCCGCUUCGGACCGGAGCCUCAUUACGGCUUUUGUACGUGUGUCCUCACCGUGUCCUCCCCAUCCCAAGCACCCAAAAAUGCCAAAUACAGGAGUGGGGUUUGUAUAAGGGCUCCGUGUGUGUGGGACACGCAUAGGGGGUGCGGGGAGUUGAGCGUGGGCACCAGAAAUGGGUGGGAGGAGGGUGCGGGGGUGUGCGCAGGGUGCCACACGUGUGAGCGGUGCUUAGGAGUGGGGUGGGGGAGCAGCGGAACUUUGACUCCCAUCUGCACGCCCCCUAAUGGGGGAAGUGGUAGAGGGUCCCCCAGAUGGGUGGAGGCACAAGAACCCCGCCGGGACCCCCAAGGAGGGGACAGUGGGGUGACAUGUGGUGCCAGAGACAGCCACAGUUGUGCCAUGGGGUGCUGUAGAGGGGCGUGGGGCGGCUCUUGGGAGCCCUAUGAACAACUGGGGUGCGAGGUGUCCUCGGGUAGGAGAUCCACAGAGCCCAGCAGUAUCCCUGGGAUGUGGCUGAGGAACCCCAGCAAUCCUCGGGGUGCGAGGGCAGAACCACGGAGACCUCUCUGGCAGGGGGGCUCAAGGACGCUCGGGCCCCUCCAGACCCCACCGUAUCAUCCCCAAACCCUCUCAUAACUUCCCGACACCCCCGUCCUCCUGCCCUGCCUGGGCCUCCAGACCCGCUGGCACCUCCCUUG